CACCUAGGACCCAGGACUCUUGAACUAGUCCCAGGACUCCGACCCAAACCCAACAUCCAGACCCAGGACUAGACCCAGACAUCCAACCCCAGAACCAGGGAGAGACCAGGGUACACUGACCCAUACAGGACCUAGGAGCGGGUUCUGUUCCACAGGAACUCUCCAUACCCAGCCAUGCCUGCCUCUGGAGGGACAGAUCCUAAGGGGGAGGAUUUCUCCACUGCUAUCCUGAAGCAGAAACACAGACCCAGCAGACUGGUGGUGGACGAAGCCCACAAUGAAGACAACAGCAUUGUCAGCCUCUCACAGGCGAAGACAGAGGAGCUGCAGUUGUUCCGUGGGGACACAGUGGUCCUGCGGGGGAGGAAGCGCCGUGAGACGGUGUGUAUCGUGUUGACGGACGACACCUGUCCAGACGAGCGUGUCCGCAUGAACCGCGUCACACGCAACAACCUGAGGGUACGCCUCGGUGAUGUCAUCAGUGUCCAUGCGUGCCCAGAUGUGAAGUACGGCGUGCGUAUCCAUGUCCUGCCGAUAGACGACACCAUCGAAGGGUUAACGGGAAACCUGUUCGACGUCUUCCUGAAACCCUACUUCUUGGAAGCCUAUCGGCCCGUACACAAAGGCGACAUCUUCCUUGUGCGGGGGGGCAUGCGGGCAGUGGAGUUCAAGGUGGUGGAGACAGACCCCGCCCCCCACUGCAUCGUCGCCCCGGAUACGGUCAUCCACUGUGAGGGACAGCCAAUCAACAGAGAGGACGAGGAGGAGAGUCUGAAUGACGUAGGCUAUGAUGACAUUGGAGGUUGUCGGAAACAGUUAGCUCAAAUCAAAGAGAUGGUGGAGCUUCCCCUCAGACACCCUGGACUAUUCAAGGCUAUAGGAGUCAAGCCUCCGAGGGGUAUUCUGCUGUAUGGACCUCCAGGUACAGGGAAGACUCUGGUUGCCCGGGCCGUCGCCAAUGAGACUGGAGCAUUCUUCUUCCUCAUCAAUGGACCUGAGAUCAUGAGUAAGAUGGCUGGGGAGUCAGAGAGCAACCUGAGGAAAGCCUUCGAGGAGGCAGAGAAAAACUCUCCCGCCAUUAUCUUCAUAGAUGAACUGGACUCUAUCGCUCCUAAGAGAGAGAAGACCCAUGGGGAGGUGGAGAGGCGUAUCGUAUCACAGCUCCUCACCCUGAUGGAUGGACUGAAGCAGAGAACUCACGUUAUCGUCAUGGCAGCCACCAACAGACCCAACAGCAUCGACCCUGCCCUGAGACGCUUCGGCAGGUUUGACCGAGAGAUAGACAUCGGCAUCCCAGACUCCACUGGCAGGAUGGAGAUACUUCAGAUUCACACCAAGAACAUGAAACUAUCUGAUGACGUGGACCUGGAGAGGGUUUCCAUGGAUGCGCAUGGCCAUGUGGGGUCAGACCUGGCAGCUCUGUGUUCUGAGGCAGCUCUACAGGCCAUCAGGAAGAAGAUGACCCUGAUUGACCUGGAGGACGACACCAUCGACGCUGAACUGCUCAACUCACUGGCAGUUACCAACGAUGACUUCAAGUGGGCGUUGGGGCAGAGUAACCCGUCAGCUCUGAGGGAGACGGUAGUGGAGGUUCCUAACGUCAGCUGGGAGGAUAUAGGAGGCCUGGGCGAGGUCAAGAGAGAACUGCAGGAACUAGUACAGUAUCCGGUGGAGUACCCAGAUAAGUUCCUGAAGUUCGGUAUGACCCCGUCACGAGGCGUGUUAUUCUACGGACCCCCAGGCUGUGGAAAGACUCUGCUAGCCAAGGCGAUUGCUAACGAGUGCCAGGCCAACUUCAUCUCCAUCAAGGGACCUGAGCUUCUCACCAUGUGGUUCGGCGAGUCAGAGGCUAACGUCAGGGAUGUCUUCGACAAGGCCAGACAGGCGGCCCCCUGCAUCCUGUUUUUUGACGAGCUGGACUCCAUCGCCAAGUCCAGAGGGGGUGGAGCCGGGGACGCAGGGGGCGCGGCCGACAGGGUCAUCAACCAGAUCCUCACGGAGAUGGACGGAAUGUCCAACAAGAAGAACGUGUUUAUUAUAGGAGCUACCAACAGACCUGAUAUAAUAGACUCAGCUAUCCUACGUCCAGGGAGGCUGGAUCAGCUCAUCUACAUCCCUCUACCAGACACAGCCUCCCGUACCGCCAUCCUCAACGCUAACCUACGCAAGUCCCCCAUCGCCAGAGAUGUAGACCUGGCCUACCUGUCUGGUAUCACCCAGGGUUUCAGUGGGGCAGACCUGACAGAGAUCUGCCAGAGGGCCUGUAAGCUGGCCAUCAGAGAGGCCAUAGAGGCUGAGAUCAAAGCAGAGCGCCAGAGACAGACCCACCCAGGCACCGCCAUGGAUGAGGACAGUGACCCUGUUCCAGAGAUCAGGAAGGAUCACUUUGAAGAAGCCAUGAGGUUCGCUCGGCGCUCCGUCAGCGACAACGAUAUCAGGAAGUAUGAGAUGUUCGCCCAGACACUACAGCAGAGCAGAGGCUUUGGGAACUUCAGGUUCCCCUCUGGCUCUCAGUCCGGGGGUCAAGGGUCGGGGUCAGGGUCAGGGGGGCAGUUCAGAGAAGAGGUAGAGGACGACCUCUACCAGUGAGAAGGAAGACUUGUUACCUGGAGGCUAAGCUACCUUGUGACUAACACCUCUACCACACCUGCCUGCAUAUGAUGUGGAACUCUGGAUCAAUUAGAUUGUUGUGGGAAUCCAAUAUGGACAGAAUAACUGAGAAGUAAAAAUCUAAGAGCUAAAAUAAAGAUGACAAGUUGAACUUUC